CAGUCCGGUCAGAGUCUCAACGGUUCCAUCAUGGGUGUGACUUAUAUACUCUUCCAGAUAGCUGUCGCUCUGCUGGCGAUCGUGACCUACUAUGUCUACCGCCGAUUGUCGUUCUUCAAGCGUCGGGGGAUCCCGCACGAUCCGCCUCAUUUGAUUCAAGGCAAUGUGCAGGGCCUAUUUACCAAACGGAAUAUGCACGAGAUAUUAAGGGAUUACUACAACAAAUAUCGAGAGAGCAAGGUACCCUUCGUUGGGUUCUACAUCUUCCAAAAGCCGGCGGCCUUCAUUCUGGAUCUGGAACUGGUCAAACACAUUCUGAUCAAGGACUUCUCAAACUUUAGCGACAAGGGGCUCUUCUACAACGAGAAAGAUGAUCCCAUCUCAGCGCAUCUCUUCAGUCUGGAUGGACCGCAGUGGCGUAUCCUGCGGAACAAAUUAUCCUCCACAUUCACUGCUGGCAAAAUGAAGUUCAUGUAUCCCACGGUAGUGUCCGUGGCCGACGAGCUCAUCACAGUCAUGCAUGAGAAGGUGAAAAAAAAUGCUAGUCUGGAAAUUCGCGACCUCGUGUCUCGAUUCACUGUGGACGUGAUCGGAACUUGUGCCUUUGGCAUUAAGUGCAACAGUCUGCGGGAUGAAAACGCCGAGUUUCUGAUGAUGGGGAAGCGUUCAUUUGUGGACAAACGUCAUGGCUCCUUACUGCUCGCCUUCAUGCAGAGUUAUCCGAAGCUGGCGAGGCGUCUGCGUAUGGUACGAACGGCUGCCCAUAUUCAAGAGUUCUACAAGCGCAUUGUUUAUGAGACUGUGGCGGUGCGGGAGAAGGAAAACAUCAAGCGGAAUGACUUCAUGGAUUUGCUCAUUGAGAUGAAGAAUCAAAAGGUUCAACUGGAAAAUGGUGAAGUGGUCGAUGGUUUGAGCAUCGAAGAGAUUCUGGCCCAGGCUUUUGUAUUCUUCAUUGCUGGAUUCGAGACUUCCUCCUCCACCAUGGGCUAUGCUCUGUAUGAGCUGGCCAGGAAUCCGCACAUACAAGACAAAGUGAGGGCUGAGCUGGAGGAAGUGAUGGAGAAACACGACCAGAAAUUCACCUACGAGUCCACCAAGGAUCUCAAGUACCUCAACCAGGUCAUCUUCGAAACCCUACGGCUCUAUACCAUUGUACCGCAUCUGGAACGCAAGGCCAAUAAGCGAUUUGUUGUUCCUGACCAUCCAAACUUCGUCAUUGAAGCAGGACAAUCGGUCAUCAUUCCAUCAUCGGCUAAACACUUUGAUCCCAACUAUUAUCCGGAGCCGUACGAGUUCCAGCCCGAGCGUUUCUCCCCCGAGGAAACGGCCAAGCGACCCUCUGUGACCUGGCUUCCAUUUGGCGAUGGUCCCCGCAACUGCAUUGGACUUCGCUUUGGCAAGAUGCAGGCGCUCAUUGGUCUAGCUUUGCUUAUAAGAAAUUUCCGAUUUUCCACCUGCCCGGAAACUGCGGAUCCAUUGGUGUACAAUCCCAAAAGUUUUGUACUUGGUGUCGAGGGUAUUCAGCUCAAAGUGGAGGCAGUGUGAACACGAAAGAAG